CAGAUAGACAUCUAGAACCAGACAGGAACCCAGAUAGACAUCUAGAACCAGACAGGAACCCAGACCCAGGGGACUCUUCAGAGACUGAAGUCAGUGAUGGAGACUGGGAGGAGACCAGAGAUCCUCCGUCAGGUUUAAAGAGUGAAAGAGUUGCCCUAUCUUCGGUUGAGCGAUCGUUCAGCUGCUCUGUAUGUGGACAAAGAUUCGGCCGGAUGCCUCAUCUGAAUGCACACAUGAGGAUUCACACGGGAGAGAAACCAUUCGGCUGCUCUAUUUGCGGUAAGAGAUUCUCUCAAAAGGGAAACUCGAUCAGUCACAUGAGACUUCACACGGGGGAGAAACCUUUCAGCUGCUCCGUGUGUAAAAAGCUCUUCAGAUAUAGUGGAGACGUCAGCAGACACAUGAGGAUCCACGCCGGGAAGAAAACCUUCCGCUGCAGCAUUUGGGACACAGAACCGGAACCAGCAGGGAACUCAGAUCCACAAAGUCUCUCACAACCAGACCCUGAUGAUAAUCCUGCAGAACCCGAGACUGAGGCCACCGACGACAGUUGGCAGGAGACCCGAGAAGCCGCUUCAAACGCUGAUGUCGCUGGAAGCAACGCGGACAAAGAGUCAUUCGGUUGCUCAGAUUGUGGGAGAGCGUUCUGCCGAAGGGACCACCUGAUGAGCCAUAUGAGAAUCCACACAGGGGAGAAACCGUUCAGCUGCUCAGUUUGUCAGAAACGUUUCAGCUGCAGCGGGAACAUUUUGGCACAUAUGAGAAUUCACACAGGGGAGAAACCGUUUGAGUGCUCAUUCUGCAACAAAAGCUUCAGCCAGAAAGGAACUCUGCAGCUCCACAUGAGAAUUCACACGGGAGAGAAACCGUUCGGUUGUCCGUUUUGCAACAAGAGAUUCGCCCACAAGAGACGCAUGAUGCUGCACACGUCGGUCCACACGGAGGAGAAGCGCUUCAGCUGCAGCACUUGUGACAAAAGGUUCACUUGGUACACGCAGCUGAAAACACACAAGUGUGUCACCGAGUCGCCUCAGCGCCGCCAAAGUGAGAAGAAGGUGCCGACCACAGAGUUGUUCCGCUGCACCGAGUGCGACAAGACGUUCAGCCUGAAGGGCAACCUGAAGACGCACCUGAGAAUCCACACGGGAGAGAAACCGUUCCGCUGCUCUGUCUGCUGCAAAAGUUUCAAACAGAAUGUUCAUCUCACGGAGCACAUGACGAUUCACACGGGGGAGAAACUGUAUAACUGUCGCGUUUGUGGGAAAGGAUUCAACAAGAAGUCCCUUAUUAAAAACCACCCGUGUGUUUGAUUCUCACGUUGUCAUGACGUUGUCCUGAUUCUCAUUCAUUCUCAUUCACUGAGUUGAGUCUCUCCGUCUCCUGUCAAGUUGAUUAAGCUAAAAUAAAGUUUUGAACCUUAUAAGCAACUGAAUUCAUCGAGAAAUAUAAGUUGUGAAAUAUUUUACUUUGAAAAGCUUUAUUAUUUUCCAUUCUCUAAAUAGAAAA